CGUCUCACAACAUGUCAGACCGCGCCGGCAGUGCUGCGCCUCUCGAGGACACAAAGCGCAGAGCGGUCUCUUCUCUGCAGCGCAAGCGCCACGGCAGCGCAGCCAGCUCUCACGCUGCUCCGGUGAAGCGGCCAAGGAGCGGCGGGCCGGACGCGGCAGAAGCUGCGUCGGAGGAAGUGGAUGAGCUCAAGGAAGAGGAGGAGGAGCAAGGCGGCGCAGGAGGAGGAGAGGAAGGUGCACCUGCCUCUGAUGAGGAGCAGUCAGAAGAGGCUCCCAAGGCUGAUCAAGACGCUGAGCUGCUGCUGAACGCUAAAGACGACAGGGAGAUUGUGCGCUGGCUGGGUCAGUACAUGGCCGCGGGCGGCGCUCCCAUUGCGGUGCCGCAUCACCGCCUCGAGGUGCUGGCAGAGCAGCUUGAUGCAGCGCGGCACCCAUAUGGUGCUCGCUCCCAGCAAGCCGGCACCAGAUGGCUGGCAGCCAAGCUGCAGCGCAUCAGCCGGUCCUUCUAUAAGAGUGCUGAGAAGCACUUUGCCCGGCGUCUGCUGGAGAAGCCGGUGGACGACUGGCCAACAGCGUCACGACGCCGUCUGCUUGACGACGUGACCACGAUCCGGCCGUGGUGGCGCCUCUACCAUGACCACUUUGCCCGCGUCAAGCAUGGGCGCUACUACAUCGAGCCGGAACCGACAGCCGCCUCGAGCACCGCAGCAAGCAGCGCCGUCGCAGAGACCGCGUCCUCCGACAGCAAGCAUGUGAAGCGUAAAGAGCAAGCGGCGCGCGAAGCAACGCCCGAGGCCGUGGACGACGCCGUGGACGUCAAGCCGGCGUCGCUGUCGGCCGCAAGCUGAGCCGGUGCGUCGGCGCGGAGAUGCGCCGUCGGAGCGAGGUGCCGACUGCAACGCUCAUCCUCUGCUCAGCCUGAAGUCCAGGCCGCGCCGCGCUUCCUCCUCAUCAUGGCAUACCCUUGAGCAGAGCGAUGAAGUUUACCCGG